CGAUGACACACGCCCGGCUAUCGCUACGCAACGAAAUCUCAAGAGAGGCCAUCGCGAGCAACCAACCUUCUCGGCGAGAGUACGUACGUCGCGCGAGACCUGCUCGUAAACAAGGCGAUCGGCCCCUCGCGCGCCCGACGACCAAGAACAUGGAGGCAAGGCAGCAUGCCGGCGGCGCGGCCCCGUGCGCCAACGGCUGCGGGUUCUUCGGCGGCGGCGCGGCGACAAACGAUCUCUGCUCCAACUGCUACAAGGAACAGCAGCUGCUGGACCUCAUGGCCUUUGACGGCGCCGUCAUGUCCGGCCUCAGGUCGCUGAGGCUGGCGAAAGCUGGAGGCGUGGAGGAGACGCCCGAGAGGACGGCGGGGGCGACCAAGAACCGAUGCGAUGCGUGCCAGCAAACGGUGGGGCUGCUGGGAUUUGUGUGCCGGUGGUGGGCCACGGCCACCUGCUGCGGGGCGCACCGCCAUGCCGGCGCACACGUCUGCUUCUUCGACUACAAGGCAGCCGGCCGCGAGCAGGUCGCGCGCAAGAACCCGCUUGUCGUCGCGCCCAAGAUGGCGAGGAUUUCUUGUUUCUAAAGAAAAGGAGGUUAAACCCCGGUAUUUGUAUCAAUCGAUGCAGGUAGCGAUCUUUAUUAGUUAUUUUAUAAAGGUAUGACAAAAAUAUACAUCAAUCCAUUCAAAGCCACUAUUCACACUUACAAACUAGAUAAUAUGGAGUGCUCUCACUCCUCAUAUCUAAUACGGUGUCCUCGUCAAUCGAUCAACAUAAUGUAUCAGGACCAACAGCCGGUGCAGCAGGCCUAAAGCGCACAUCAGAUGCACACAUUUUAGAAGCAGCCAUCAUCAUCAGACCACUGAGCAAUCCUCAGGAGAGAGAUCCGCAUCAUCCUUGCCAGUCCGGAUAUUGAAGAUUUGAAUGCUUGCUUCUACCCAUGACAUGUACCUCACGCUAUGCUGACUCUUGCAGAGACGCCCUAGAGAUGAACUGUGAAAUUAGUAUGUA